AUGGCUUCGUCGCCGCCUGUUCUCCCCAUUUCCAGCCACCAGACGGGGCAGACUGCCGGAUCGGGUCUGCCGACGGCGCCGACGGGUACGCCGGCGACAUGGAUCUUCGUCUCUCGUCUCUCCGAGUCGGUUCGCCGAUCGCUCGCCAACCGGCGGUCCUGGGGCGAGCUGAUCGACACGUCCGCCUUCUCCCGCCCCGAAUCCACUUCCGAAGCCAUCUCCCGCGUCCGCAAGAACCUGUCCUACUUCCGCGUCAACUACAUGGCCGUGAUCGCCGUUGUGCUCGCCGUCUCCCUCCUCACCAAUCCAGUGUCCCUCGUUGUCCUUCUCGGGCUUCUUGCCGGCUGGUGUUUGCUCUACCUCUUCCGCCCCGCCGACACGCCCCUCGUCAUCCUCGGCCGCCAGUUCUCCGACAGGGAGACCCUCGGUGGCCUCGUUAUCCUCACCUUCGUCGUGGUUUCCCUCACCUCCGUUGCUUCUGUUAUCAUCUCCGCCCUCAUGGCUGGAGCGGCGAUCGUCUGCGCACAUGGCGCGUUCCGGGUGCCGGAGGACCUCUUUCUUGAUGACCAAGACGCGGCGGGGCCUGCGACUGGUUUCUUGUCGUUCCUAGGCGGAGCAACGGCCUCCGCUGCUGCCACUGCUGGGACGCCUGCGGCCGCGCGCGUCUAA